GUUACCUGUUUGCUCUGGGUCCGCUGGUGUUCGUCAGCGUGUUUGAUGUGUGGUUGGAAUCCUUCACCACCAGACAGGCUUACAUCGUCAACCUCUUCUCUGUUGGGGUGGUCGCCUUCGGAUGUACAGUGCAGCAGUCCAGUUUCUAUGGUUACAUGGGGAUGCUGCCCAAGAGAUACACACAGGGGGUGAUGACUGGAGAAAGUACAGCAGGUGUAAUAAUCUCUCUGAGUCGUAUCUUCACUAAGCUCCUGAUCAGUAACGAGAGGAUAAACACACUCAUCUUCUUCCUGGUGUCCAUCGCCAUGGAGAUGCUCUGCUUCCUUCUCCACCUCAUUGUCCGUCGCUCACGAUUCGUCCGCUACUACACAGGCCCCGUCCACCGGGGUCACGGCCAGGGGAUAGGUCAUGACAUCGGGUCGGAGGUCAGAGGGACGGGAUACAGGGUUCACCACGACGUCACUACAGAGGAAGGUAACGGAGUGGCGACGACGUCGCCAUCUGAUGACGUCCCAGAUGAGUUCACAGGAGGGACGUACGUUCGGUUUGGAAUUCCUAAAGACAAGAUCCGGAGAAGCUGGCCUGGACUACGAGAUAUGUUUCUUCACAGGUACAUCGUUGCCAGGGUGAUCUGGGCCUACAUGUUGUCUAUAGCAGUGACCUAUAGCAUCACUCUGUGUCUGUUUCCUGGUCUGGAAUCAGAGAUACGUAACCCAACCCUGGGGGAGUGGCUACCUAUACUCAUCAUGGCCACAUUCAACAUGGCCGACUUCGUAGGCAAGAUCCUGGCUGCGUUGCCCUAUGAGUGGACGGGGGGUUACCUGCUCCUCUUCUCCUGCCUGCGGGUGGUCUUCAUCCCUCUGUUGGUGAUGUGUGUGUAUCCCUCCUCCACCCCAACCCUGUCCCACCCCGCCUGGCCCUGUCUCUUUUCUCUCCUCAUGGGCGUAACCAACGGUUACUUUGGAUCAGUCCCCAUGAUACAGGCUGCUGGGAAGGUACCGCCGGAACAGAGAGAAUUAGCAGGUAACACUAUGACUGUAUCGUACAUGACAGGGUUGAUGUUGGGAUCAACUGUGGCCUACGCUGCCUAUAGCUUCACUGCACCGGGCUCAAACACACACACACUCACCAACAUCACCACAGGGUACUGAACACACACACACACACACACACACACACACACACACACACACACACACACACACACACACACACACACACACACACACACACACACACACACACACACACACACACACACACACACACACACAGAGCCCAGAAAAAGGCCUCAGUGAAGAGGAGUCCUUCCAGACUGACCGGAUACUGAACUCCAGCCUGACCUCUAACCUCUGACCCCUCCGGGCUGCCACACUCCCCAGCUCUCUGCUGUUUCCAGUAUAUUAUCCUGAUCCACCUCCCGAUCCUCCUCGUCUAUAGUGCUGGACUUUCUGCUCUGCUGGGAGACAAUGGGAACAGAACCUCUGAUUGGCUUUCUGCUCUGCUGGGAGACGUGACCAGAACCUCUGAUUGGCUUUCUGCUCUGCUGGGAGACGUGACCAGAACCUCUGAUUGGCUUUCUGCUCUGCUGGGAGACGUGACCAGAACCUCUGAUUGGCUUUCUGCUCUGCUGGGAGACGUGAACAGAACCUCUGAUUGGCUUUCUGCUCUGCUGGGAGACAUGACCAGAACCUCUGAUUGGCUUUCUGCUCUGCCGGGGAGACAACGUGACCAGAACCUCUGAUGGGCUUUCUGCUCUGCCGGGGCGACAACGUGACCAGAACCUCUGCUGGGCUUUCUGCUCUGCUGGGAGACAACGGGAACAGAACCUCUGCUGGGCUUUCUGCUCUGCUGGGAGACAACGUGACCAGAACCUCUGCUGGGCUUUCUGCUCUGCUGGGAGACAACGGGAACAGAACCUCUGCUGGGCUUUCUGCUCUGCCGGGGCGACAACGUGACCAGAACCUCUGCUGGGCUUUCUGCUCUGCCGGGGCGACAACGUGACCAGAACCUCUGCUGGGCUUUCUGCUCUGCCGGGGCGACAACGUGACCAGAACCUCUGCUGGGCUUUCUGCUCUGCCGGGGCGACAACGUGACCAGAACCUCUGCUGGGCUUUCUGCUCUGCCGGGGCGACAACGUGACCAGAACCUCUGCUGGGCUUUCUGCUCUGCCGGGGCGACAACGUGACCAGAACCUCUGCUGGGCUUUCUGCUCUGCUGGGAGACAACGGGAACAGAACCUCUGCUGGGCUUUCUGCUCUGCCGGGGCGACAACGUGACCAGAACCUCUGCUGGGCUUUCUGCUCUGCUGGGAGACGUGAACAGAACCUCUGAUUGGCUUUCUGCUCUGCCGGGGAGACAACGUGAACAGAACCUCUGCUGGGCUUUCUGCUCUGCCGGGGCGACAACGUGACCAGAACCUCUGCUGGGCUUUCUGCUCUGCCGGGGCGACAACGUGACCAGAACCUCUGCUGGGCUUUCUGCUCUGCCGGGGCGACAACGUGACCAGAACCUCUGCUGGGCUUUCUGCUCUGCCGGGGUGACAACGUGACCAGAACCUCUGCUGGGCUUUCUGCUCUGCCGGGGCGACAACGUGACCAGAACCUCUGCUGGGCUUUCUGCUCUGCCCGGGAGACAACGUGACCAGAACCUCUGCUGGGCUUUCUGCUCUGCCGGGGCGACAACGUGACCAGAACCUCUGCUGGGCUUUCUGCUCUGCCGGGGCGACAACGUGACCAGAACCUCUGCUGGGCUUUCUGCUCUGCUGGGGCGACAACGUGACCAGAACCUCUGACUCUCAUACACGCCGACCAACACACUCCUGUGACAUCACCUGUGAGACAGCUAUGACACGAUGCGUGUCCGUCAGUAUUCUACGGCGGGUCGAGAUGCAGAACCUAGUAGUGCUAAAAGUCUGUCUUUAUUCUUUAGGGUUCAUGUAAAUAUAAAGUUGUGAAUGUAAAAAAUAUUAAAUGUAAAAAAUUAUAACCGACAGAUAUAAAAAAUAAAAAAAAGUGUAAAUAGA